AUGGGAUUGCUUGAAGACGCGCGAAGACUUGCCGACACCUACGGACCAGAGGCGGCGCGACAUGUAGCAUCUGCUGCGGACAAGGCAUGGACACACGGUAGCGCCUUCGGCCAAGAGGUAGCAAAGCGUGCUAGCCCAGUCGCCUCAGACGCCAAAACCCAUCUAGAGAAGCUCAGUAAAGAGGCCGGCAAGCACGCUGCCCCAAUCGCCGGCAGUGUCUCAAAGCAUGCUAUGAUACUUGCCCGAGCAGCCUACAACAGCGGCAAACAAGGUCUGCACACCCUGCCGCAGGUCCCAGAUGGAUACAUGAACGAAGAGUAUGACUGGAAGUUCAUUACAAAGUUCGGGGAAGACAUGGCGAACCAUCUUGGUACUACAGCCGGCGACGUCUGGGAGAAGCUAAGCAGCGGCGACAUCCUCCAUGACAUUGGUCAGGCGGCUAUCCCGAACAUUGACGAGAGGCUCAAAGCAUGGAUUCUUGACAACCCCAAAUUGUUCUCCACGUUGCUGGCAUGUAUCGCUUCGGGCCCCAUCGCCCUUGCUGUCACACCGGCCAUGCUAGGCCUUGUGGGCUUCACACCCAUCGGCAUCGCUGCUGGUACGUAUGGAUCACUGAUCAUAUCUCCGGACCGACUUUUAACACAUGAGCUAGGCUCCAUGGCUUCUGCAUUCCAAGCAGGCGUCGCUCCCAUCGCUGCGGGUAGCGCUUUCGCUAUCCUUACGAGUGCCGCAAUGGGACGGUAUGGGCUUGCAAUCGUCCAGGCGAUUGCUGUAGGCUCAAGCGUGACAGGAACUUGCGGUAUCGCAGCCAGCGCAUUCAUGGAAGCUGUCAAGGAAGACCAACAGUCUAGGAAAUCGAAGACGGAGUAA